GUGAGCACUACAAUGAAUGGUCCAGUCAGCCCAUGGUGAACAGCAUCCCAGCAGGAAACCUCCAGCUCUGUGCUGCUGUCCUUUUCACAGGCUCAUCAUUUAGCCAGAUUUCUAAGUUCCUGGGUGCCUUCAAUGUGCAGGGACUGUCCAAGCAGUCAUUCUGUCGGCAUCAGGCAAAGCUCUUAAUUCCAACAGUGAGCUGGCAGUGGCAGCUAGAGCAAGCUGAUAUCAUCCAGGAGGCUACUGAAUCUGGACCUGUGACUCUUGGUGGUGACAUGCGAGCUGAUUCACCUGGACACUCAGCCAAAUAUGGCAGCUACACCAUGAUGGAUCUCAAAAGAAACAAAGUUAUUGAUAUCCAACUUGUACAGAGCAAUGAAGUUGGGAAUAGUGUGCGAAUGGAGAAGGAGGGAUUUGUGCGAAGUCUGAGCACACUUUUGGAGAGGGGGGUCGAUGUGCAGCAAGUCGUGACUGACCGCCACACAGGAGUGCAGAAGUAUUUGAGGGAGGAAAAAAAGGAAAUCAGUCACUACUUUGACCCCUGGCACAUGGGAAAAGAAAAUCGAAGAGCUGGGGAAGAGAAAGACGACCCAGGAUGUGAGACUGUGGAAGCAAAGUGUGGUGAACCACCUCUACUGGUCAGCAUCCAGUUCCUCCUCAGGACAGGAGGCAGUUGCAAAGUGGACUUCAGUUGCCAACCACAUCCAAAAUGUGCACAGCCAUGACAACGCCCUGUUCCCUAGCUGUCUGCAUGCACCUCUGGAUGGAGAACAGGCAAGACAGUGGCUCAAACCAAGUAAGUGUAGCAUGUACUCAUUACAGCUGAGCCUUUACUGUUUGGUUUAUUUACAUUUAAAACACGUCACCCCACAACAGAAUAUUUGUCUUCACCUC